AUGGUAACUUCUAGAAUCCCGCUCAACUUGAUACCAAAAGACUUCCCGGAAGACCAACCUGUCUUCAUGCUCAGUCUUCUACAGUGGAACGAGCAAGCGGAAUAUCCCGAAGGAAGCCCACAUCCGCCCUGCAGUGGUCAAGAGGCCUGGAUUGGGAGAUUCGAUAGAGAAAUCAGCAAAAUUGCAAGAGGGAUUGGAAACUUUGAAUGGGUAUAUCAAGGUUUACCUGUCUCAAGGGUUAUUGGAAGUGAAAAAUGGGAUUUUGUGGCGUUGGUGAAAUUUGCGAACAUUGGGACGUUUCGCAACACUAUCGGCAGUGACACCUUCGCACCAGCUGUGUUGGAACACCGUGAUGCUGCCCUCAAGAACUGGAAGUUGCUUUUCUUCACUUCGCCCAGAUCAAACUCCCAUGAAGAUCGCGAAUACCGACCCCAAAGAUUUUGCUUGGUCGGUAAUUUAUAG